CCACGUAUACUAGAGGACGGCCCCUCGGUAAGUUUGCGCUGCGCGGCUCGAUGCGAUCAUUGGCUAGCCUCCUCGAUCCUCGCCGGCCUCGUGAAAUGCGACGUCGAGAGCUCAUCGGUCAGGGUAACGUCGAUUCGCUCGAUUCGCCUUCGGUCCAUUGGCGACUCGGUGCCGGCUCCCGUCCAUCUGCCGAGAGGUUAAGUUGCAGCUGACUGCUUACUUUAUGCAUAAACCUUACCCGAAGCGAUGAGCUGUAAAAUUUCGAGGGGCUUCAAGGGGACAUGUACAGCUAACAAUUUCAUUCGAUUUCAUUAUAAGGUCUGGCAGAUGAUGGAGCGAUCGAUGUAUCCGAUAGACAAGUCAGUCUCGAGCUAUCAUGAUACUUGUUGCAGCUGUGGCACAAUUAGGCUCGUUGGAUGGAUCCUACGACGGCAUCUCUCCAAACGCAAGCACGAGCUUAUUACGAGCUGCAGCUGCUUGCGUCGAAAAAUGGCGAUUCGGAAAUGUUUCGCAUGCUGUGAAUCCGUGAUGGACUAAUCUGUCAAUUGAUCGACGAGAGAAAUGGACGGAGUUCUCGGGAUGAAACGAAAGGACGAUUGAGCCAGCUGUCGGUAAAAAACCGAGUGAUACGUGCCCACGGGAAACUUGAGCCAAUUGCAUGCCAAAAACGCAGCCACAAGAUUAACAAAGCUCUGCCAAGUUUACGUCGAAACUCGUCAAGUUGCGCGAUCAAUCGGAAAAACGGAGAACGUAUCGCAAAAAGCUCGAAAGAGUCCAAGGACUCUAGGUAGUAGGAAGCUGAGCUCGAGCGAGGCCGAUUGGCCAGCUCGCGUAACGCGUUCGAAGAGUCCGAAAGCUCGAAAAUGAAGCGCGCGCCAAAACGCCACGGAAAGCUCGCUCGUGCGUGCGCAGGACUGAAUCCGCCGCCGCUGUUAUACGAGGCGUAUGGUGUGUCGAGUGCGUAGCGACUAGCGAGGCAGGAGCCGCCGGAAUCGAGCUGCGAGAUCAAUAACUGCCGAGCUUUGAGAUGGCUCCGUCGGCGGAUAGUCGGCCGAGGAGGCUGCGCGCACAGACACUGCUCAGCUGUGGCCUGCGAAACCGAGCUCCCCUGCGCCUCAUGGCCGCUCGAGACCGACCAGUCCGACUUUUCGCCUGGCCAUAACUCCGCGAAAGACGUCACGACUCGACGAUUUCGCUCGAUUCCGAUUGAAUUCCACUGAACUUUGAUAGUACGCGAGUGAUCAAUGAAGAGCCAGGCGCACGUCUGUUCGCCCGAGGCUCAGGCAGCGGCACUCCUGGGCGAGCUGUCGGCCGACGACGACAUGUCCGAGUCGGUGGACGAGCUGCGCGCCAAACUGGCCAACAUGAAGCGCCUCAUGGAGGAGCGCCGGGGCACUACCCUCGGCGAGCUCUCGGCCCGCAAGCAGCGUCGCAGCCAGGCCGAGAUGAUAGACGGCAACUUCCUCUCCUGGAUCUUCCUCGUGGCCCUCGGCAUCAUACUCAGCGUCAGCUUCUACGCCUUUUACAACCUCUACCACGCCGUGCUCAAAAAGUUCCCCUCCAAGCACACCGAGCUCUAGACUCUCCAAACUGGAGCCUCCAACGACAGCUGCCCUCCCGAUUGUUAUCCUCCUUCCUUCCUCGUCCUCUGCGAUUCCGAUGUCUCUUUUCCCCCCCUUCGUUCGGAUCCAGAUUUUUCUCGACCCUUUUUGCCACGUACCACGCGUGUUGAUGUAUAUAUUUUAUAACCGAGAACAAAUUUAACUGAAUAUAUAAAGGCUAUUAUUGUUGUACCAUUUUAUACUCGCCAAAUAAGAGUCAACAUAAUGAUAUUGUAAUAUUUAUUCGUGUUGUAAGUUCGACUGGAAAUAAAGGAAACAACGUGUUUCAAAACUCAAACGAGCACUUUUUCUUCGCUUCAUUCGAUCCCAAACGCUUUUAAGAAAAAUGUCGCCUGAAACCUCCCUGGUCUUCGAUAAAAGUUCGCUGAGAUCGUUCGAAAUCCUCCUGUUGCUGAGAAAAAAUAUCGCUCGGUCAAAAAUCAUAUCGCCACUGAUUUUGAUGACGUUACCUUAGUUAUUUCGCGCUCCAUUGCCUCUCUUCUCCAAGCCAGGGACAUGAUGUCAUUUUCCAUUUCGGCCAGCUGUCGAGUGGUGAACGAGAAUUAUUACGCGUCAUCGUGACAAUUAUUUCACCAUGACCUUUCUUUUAACAAAACGG